AUGUUCCGUUCCACCGAUCAGUGGAGGUUUUUCGAUCUGCCAGACUUGGGUCCCCUGGUCGGAAUGCCGCCCACCGCCGCCGAUCUGCCAACCCCCAUCGACGAGGAUCUCGUCUCCGUCACCAAGGAUGCCUACGAGUCGUUCCGCAAGGAAAAGCCCGUGUUCGAGGAGACCGUGACCGCCGCCGUCGAAAAGACCCCGAAGGAAUUGGCUGAUGCGGAUCCGUUGAUGCAAAACAUCCCGACGGUGGGCGAGCUUCGAGCCGUCAUCCCGGCCGAGUGCUUUGAGAAGUCGUUGCCCACCUCCAUCGCCUACAUGGUACUCGAUUUCGUGAUCAUCGCUGGGCUCUACAAGGCGCAGCCCUACUUUGAGAUGUUCUCGUUGCCCGGCAUGUUGUUCUGGUAUUUCCUGAUGGGGAUGAUGGGCUUCGCCGUAUUCGUCGUCGGCCAUGACUGUGGACACGGAACUUUCUCCAAGUACAAGUGGGUAAACGACAUCAUCGGCCACAUCUGCCACGGUAUCCUUUUGGCCCCAUAUUGGCCAUGGCAAAAGAGCCACCGUCUCCACCACACCUACACGUCGCAUCUGGAGAAGGACCACGGCCAUCCCUGGAUCACCAUCGAUCUCUACGAGACGUGGAACGACUUCAAGAGGUUCUACGCCAACAACCCCUACACGGCACUUGUUAGGUGGUACAUGUACACCGUGGCCGGUGUCACUGAUGGCUCUCACUUCUGGCCCUUCUCCCGCAUGUUUGACAACACCACCGAGCGAAUUCAAUGCGCCGUUUCGGGACUCGUGUGCAUCGCCUGGGCAACGGCUGCUUUCUGGUACUUGGACUACAGCGUGUACGCCUGGGUGAAGUUCUACUUACUCCCCGUGAUGUCCCAGGGCUUCUGGCUGACGAUGGUCACCUAUCUGCAACAUCAAACCGAGGAUAUCAAGGACGGCACUUGGGGAUAUGUGCGCGGACAGCUGCAAACCAUCGACCGGCCAUAUGGUUACGGCAUUGACCAGCUGAUGCACCACAUCACCGACGGGCAUGUCGCUCACCACCUCUUCUUCACGCAGAUCCCCCACUACAACUUGAUGAAGGCCACCCACGCGUUGCAGCAGAAGCUCGCGCCUCUUGGCGUCUAUCGGCAUGAGAAAUCGCACGACUUCCUCCUCCAGUUCUACAACCUGAACCGGAAGCUGACCAGCCUCCCGAUACAACCGAUAACCGCCGCACCACAAUAUGGGACGGUCGAGGGGACACAGGUCUGCCCUCGAUGUGGGCCGCUAACUUUCAAUGCUUCAGCAAUUUCCUCGCAAAUUUUUGUGCCGUAUUUGAGACCAGUCGACCUCGCUAACACCGUCCCGAUUUGCGAGGUGGCAAAAGCCGUUUGUUCCUGCGGAAAUAUGUUCAUACCGAUUCAACUGCUGACCGACGUCACUGGUGGUAUGGUUCUGGAUUUGAAUCUAGGCUCGGCAACUCGGAUCGUAUUCUGUGGAUUGGACGGACAAUGGUACAUAAUGCAGGGCACACAACCCCUCGUCAUCAAAACCCUCAUCUGCUACGCCUACAACCCGCAGCCACAAGCAUUUGCCGCUUCACCCCUUAUUUGCCAGCCACAGCAAUUUCCCGUAUUUGAGCAAGGCCUCGUU